AUGGAAAAUGGGUCACGAUUCAGAUUAGCGGACCAAUAUCACACAGAUAGAGGUGAUGAGAACGAAAUUUAUUGGCAAAGACGACUAGACUACACAAAGUAUCGUACAAGACAACCAGCUAUUUACAGACGGAGGCAGGCAACAUGGAAGAGAGCGACACGGAGGUGGGCGACGUGGGCGGAGGGCAGCGCAGGCGGAGGUGGCGGACACAGGCGGAGGACGCUGGCGACGCGAGAGGAUUACGUGGGCGAGAUGGGCAAGGGCGAGACAGGCGAGCCAGUGGGUGAGGGCAAGGCGGACGAGGCGGGCAAGGUGGGCGAGGAUGACGCAGGGGUGCGCGGACGCGGACGAUGUGGACAACGUGGGCCCUGGGUGAGAGUGAGGGCGACGUGGGGGCGUGACGUGGGUGACGUGGGGGAGAUGUGGGCGGCACAGACAAUUGGGAGACGUGGGAGACGUGGGCGAGGGGGCGGGGCGGGGAUACUAGCAGCUAGACUGCUGGAUUGUCAUGCAGUGCGCGUGCGGGGGCAGCUUGAGGGCGAUGUGCGAGGCCGCCGCCGGGCUCAGGGUCCGUGUCGGAGUCGGUUCUGGGUAAUAGCCCAUCGGACGGUGUCAAGCGGCACCGUCUGGCUCACGACGCCGCGUCCCGACGUCGCGUCUGUGCCCUCGCUCGCACACGCCCCCACCCCUGCUCUAGUCCCAGCAACGAUGAUCAACCUGUCUGGGCCGAACACGAGCAUCGGCGGCAGCAGCGGCAUGACGACAAGCACGUCCGUAUGGUUGGACAUGACGGGUGAUGGCGAGACGGGCGAGAGCGACGCGAAUAAGGGCGCGGCGGGCGACGCGGGUGACACGGACGAGGUCAAAAUGGGCGAUGAGGGCGAGACGGGCGAGAAUGCGCCUCUUUCUCCUUCGCGGCCACUCGAGAUGGGCCGUGCACGAGGGUUGUACACGGGGGGCGCGGGCGAACGGCGUUGCGGUGCGCGGCAUUGCGGCACGCGAGUGGUAAUGACGGCGCACCACGGCCACAUUGGCGGAAAGAGUGUCCCGCCGAGGAACGGGGACGAUGGCGCGGCCGGGGCCUGGGGAGGCGGUGGGCGAGGUAGGAAGCGCAGGACGGUGGAGUGGGGGACUUACAGAGGCGAGGUGUGGUCGCAGACGUCGUCGGGUCAAGAGAUUGAGGCGAAGGGCGCAGAAUAUGGGCUGGGGAGACGAAGAGGCCUGGAUGUGGAGGACGGGGAGGACGAGGGACGAGGUCGAUGGCAUGGCCGGGGCCUGGGGAGACGGUGGGCGAGGUGGGGAGCACAGGAGAGCAGAACGGGGGACUCACCAAGACAAAGGGGGCCGCAACAGCUCAUUGAGGAAGCGGCAGGUGAGGUGCGCGUUCGCGUGGUCCUCGGAGAUGUCGCGCCAGGAGGAAAAGACGGGAGGACGAGGAAGGGCAGGACGUGGAAGACGGGCAGCGUGGACUUGAGUCUUGACGCUGCCCUCGAUCCUCUCUGCCUGGCUCCCGUCCUCGCCGCCCCGACGCCAACCCUUGCCCCGUCUUCUCUAAUGCCGCCCACCGAGCCCAGCAGCAGGGAGCACAACUGCUCGGAACGGCCCGCGUCGCCACGUCGCCCACUUCACCCGUCUCGCCUGCGCCCCGCACCUCGCCCGUAUCUCUAUUCUCACCCCCGCCUCGUCCGUCUCGCCUGCCUGGCCCGUCUCACCCCCCUCGUCCGUCUCGCCUGUAUCGCCCACCUCGCUCGCGUUACCCCGGAUCUCACCCGUCUUGCACCGUCUUGCACCGUCUUGCACCGUCUUGCACCUGCCUGGCUUGCGUCACCUAUCCCGCUCAUGCUACCCACGUCCGUCGCCACCUCCGCGACGCCCGCGUCUUGCGCGCUUCUUGCCCCUCUGAGAUCUGGCCCGAGUCGCCACCUUGUCUGUCAAUCCCGCUUCUCGCUCGUUGCCCUUCUCGCUCGUUGCCCAUCUCGCUCGUUGCCCAUCUCGCUCGUUGCCCAUCUCGCUCGUUGCCCAUCUCGCUCGUUGCUCGUCCCGCUCUCCUUGCCCAUCCCAUCCGCCUCGCCUGUCUCGCCCGCGUCGCACUCCCGUCUUGCGUCAUCUAUUCCACCCACUUCGUCCUCGUCGCCUGUGUCUCACCCCUGCGUCGACAUGUGUCUCGCUCCUGAGUGGCUGCGCGACCCGCCUCGUUGGCCCACUUUGCCUGCGUCCACGUCGCCCUCGCCCCCACCCACGUCGCGUUGCUCACUACUUCUUGAUAUCUCGACCUCCAAAAUUGCAGUAUAUGUGUUAGAAGAUGUGCAAGUGAGGGUAAAUGGCAGCUAUGCGCUUCCUCUGCCGGCGAGCAGCGAAGCGAACUACUGCUACAUGGGCCUGGCCCCACGAGGGAUACGUUGUGUGUAUAUUAUCUUGGUCACGCGUAAGGCCGUCCAUUAUGAAACAACUCCCGAAAGGGAAUUCGGAAUUGCGAAGCUACGGGGACGUAUAGAACAGCUAGUAGAGCAUGUCUCCGUUCCCGGGGACGACGCCAAAGAUCAAGAUCGCGGCCGUCCACGCUUGACGGGCAAACAGAAGGCGAGCUGGUCCGCCAUGCCUGGCGCGCUGCUCUGCGCAGCUUCAGAAUGGAAGCUCGUGAUCGCGACAGGAUCGGCCGCCGCGCGUGAGUGCGGUGUCCCGUCUUCAAGACGCCUGCUGGGGCACUUCUUCUGGAGCUUCCGCCCUUCAAACACCCACACCCAUUCCUUGGACGCGCACGAGAGAGUUUGGAUUCUUUGCAAAUUGCGACUUUGGGCAGGGGGGCCCGGCUCUGGCGGGAACGUUGACAGCGUCGACAGCAAGGAGCAGGUUUGGAGAGGAGCGGGGGGCGCAGCCUAUGUUGACGUCGCGCAGCGCGCGCACGCGUUUGGGCCCAGAGAGAUGAACGCAGCGCGCGCCGCGAUCCUGGGACGUUCCGAUUCUUCCCGACCCACCCUAGGACAGGACACAUCUGCAGCUCAGAGUCAGAUUGAACGGGUGACUCUCGUCACGCAUCUCCACGGAGGCCAGGACGUUACUCCGCCCACACCGAGACCACAGAAUACGGCGCACACGGAUCGCCUCCAGCCCCGUCCUCCGAUCGAGAACGAGAUCUGGGAUAAUGGAUUCGACUUCUGCGAUCAGAUCUUGCCUAUUCUGGAGAGCUCGGAUGCCCGAGCGAACUUUGCGGCGUCGGAGUGGGCGGGACGAGGAGCACGCACGCCCCACGAGGCAGCGGCCCCCGGGCGCCGUUCAACGUCCAACGUACCAACCCGAACGGUAUCCAAUUCGGGCGCUGCGGCCUGGCACUGA